AUGUGGUCAAAUGAAUGCCCAUUGAACAAGAUAAUCACGCCUAGGCAGAUUAAACAAGCAGGUUUCUCUCUUCAAGAUAAAAUAUACGAUGUUGUAAGAGAUGGUAAUUGGUUGUGGCUAGUUGCUUGGUAUGAUUUGUUCCCAGUUUUAUUAAACAUUGCUCCAUGCACGUUACAGCAACAUCAUAAGGACUCAAUUACUUGGAAAAAUCUGGAUGGUAGUCAGGUACCGUUUUCUUCUCAUGAAGUUUGUGAAGCUCUUAGGGACCGACAAGGUCAAAUUGAUUGGGCCCCUAUAGUCUGGUUCUCGCAAUGUAUUCCAAGGCAUGCGUUUUUCCUAUGGCUUGUUAUAGGAAGAAAAUUAAAAACCCAUGAUAAGAUGAAGCAGUGGGAUGCUGGUGGGAAUACUAAUAUUAACCUCUUAUGUUGCUCUUUAUGUAAAUCAGGUCCUGAUUCACAUGAGCAUUUGUUCUUUGAAUGUAAGUACUCGUUACAGGUUUGGAACUCUGUUAAGCAGAUUGCUGGAAUGCAUCAUAUAUCUGCUAAAUCGGAUGAUGUGGUUGCGUGCCUUCUUCCCAGGGCACGCUCAAAUUCAGCAAAAAAUGUCAUUGGCAAAUUGCUUGUAGCUGCUUCCGUUUACUUUGUGUGGCAGGAGCGAAAUAACAUGAUGUUUUCUUCUAAAGUUAGAUCAGCUACUCAGCUUAAAGAUGUUAUUGUUUCUACAGUUCGAUUGAAGAUGGCUACGUUGAACUUCAAGAAUACAAAUCAAGUAAAGCACUUGUUGGAUGGAUGGCGACUACCUACUCAGCUACUAGUCAUCUAG